AUGACUUUCCUGCAAGAAUUGGCCUCUUGGCGAACCCCGGAAGCCAAAGCAACUAAGCCAGUACCUGUGAUUGGUUCAAAGGCGCACUCUUCCGAACGCCUCCUCGUUCCUGACGUAGAUGGGCGCCCAAUUAUAGUAACAUUCUUGCGGCACUGUGGCUGCCCAUUCGCCGAAAAGACAUUCAUAGCCCUCCGAACUAUCGCAGCAGAGACACCCAGUAUUCGGUUUGUUGCAGUCUCUCACAGCGACCAGGCCUCCACCGAACGAUGGCUCGAAGCUGUCGGCGGCGCUGGAGAUUCCGUCCAGGUUAUUGUCGAUGCAAAGCGUAACCUUUUCGCACAGUGGGGACUCGGUGUGUCAUCGCUAUGGCACGUGUUGAACCCCGCAGGUCUGUGGGAGGUUUACCAGCUAGGUCGAGAUGAGGGCAUCUGGAACCGACCCACUGAAAGUGGUAGCCGAUGGCAGACUGCUGGGAGCUUCGCCGUGGAUGCUGAAGGCAUUGUGCGAUGGGGAGGAGCUUGCUCGAGGGCGAGCGAAAUCCCGGAUUUCCACGAGGCUGUCGAAGCGCUGAAGAGGGCCGAACAUGCGGCAAAUCUGUAG